CAUUUGGCUGGGUCGCCUAGAGAAAAACCGAGGAUGGAUAAGAGCUCCGGACCGUAGGCAUCAUGACAGAGGAAUCAAAUCUGUGCCACCAGAAUCCUCAGGACACCAUGUUCGGCAGUGAGUGGGUAAUGGCUAAUGAUGUAUUUGUUUCGGGAUACGAGCACAGCGCUGAAGCCGGGGAAACGAAGCCGCGGCACCUGCCCCUCCUGUCCCAAGAGGAAGGCAUGAUGCUGGGCCUGGCUGCUGAGGAAUAUGCGACCUCGCCGUUUUUGGGCGUGGAGACAAACCUCAGUGAACCUGACAGGAACCAUACCCCGACUAAGAAGCGAAUGCGGUCCGACAGCUCGAGGCACCGCGGAGAAAUUGUCACGGAGCUCGGACCAGAAGAGGUCCGGUGGUUUUACAAAGAGGAUAAGCGGACGUGGAAGCCGUUCGUGGGUCACGACUCCCUUAAGGUGGAAAAAAUGUAUCGGAGGUACUGUGAGCAGAACCACGAUAAGGUCGAUAACCUCCCCGCCGAUGUCAACGACGCCGAGGUUAAAGACCGGGAGAACAAAACGGACAUGGUUCGGGCAGAUAGUGGAGAAGGAAUACCCGUAGAUCUGUUAACGCUGGGGGGUUCCGUGUCAGCGAAAAUGACGGAGCAGGAGGACGUCUGCGUCAGCGUGGAGCCAGUGUGUGUCCGAGGGGGGCUGUAUGAAGUGGACAUCCGAGAGAAGGAGUGCUAUCCCGUUUACUGGAACCAACAAGAACGUAUCCCAGUGAUGAGGGGCCAGUGGUUCAUUGAUGGAACAUGGCUUCCUCUGGAGGAGGAUGAGAGUGACCUCAUUGAAGCAAAGCAUCUCACACACUUCAGGGGUCAGCAGAUGAGAAAUACGUACGAGAUGGAACCCACGACUACCACAAUUGACAGCAAGAUUGCUAUCCACAGUUUGCAGCUGAGCAGGAGCCAUGUGGACUGGCACAGCGUGGAUGAGGUUUACCUCUACAGUGACGCCACCACGUCCAAGAUUGCGCGCACUGUCACCCAGAAACUGGGCUUCUCCAAAUCAUCAAGCAGUGGGACACGUCUUCAUCGGGGGUACAUGGAGGAAGCGGCACCUGAAGACACCCCACCUGAAACCACACAUAUUGUCUUUGUAGUACAUGGCAUCGGUCAGAAGAUGGAUCAAGGACGUAUCAUUAGAAACACCAGCAUGAUUAGGGAUGCCGCCCGGAAGAUGGAGGAGAAGCAUUUUCCCGAUCGUACGACGGAGCAUGUAGAGUUCCUACCUGUGGAAUGGCGUUCCAAACUAGUGCUGGAUGGGGACACCGUGGACUCUAUCACUCCAGACAAAGUGAGAGGCCUUAGAGAUAUGUUGAACAGCAGCGCUAUGGAUAUCAUGUACUACACCAGCCCUCUAUACAGAGAUGAGAUCACCAGGUGUUUGACAUUGGAGCUAAAUCGUCUCUACUCACUUUUCUGCUCCCGAAAUCCGGAAUUCGAGAAAAACGGGAAGGUGUCCAUCGUUUCCCAUUCACUGGGCUGUGUCAUAGCCUAUGAUAUCAUGACUGGCUGGGACCCAGUGAACUUCCAUUAUCAAGAAGCAUCAGACCCAGUGGAAACAAGUGACGAAGAGCACCAUCUUCAGGAGCAGCUGAGACUCACACAGUUAAGGUUGAGAGACUUGGAGAAUCAGUUCCAGGGUCUGCAGACCUCGGCCUGUGUGGCAGUGCCGGCCUUGAAGUUCAAGGUAGAAAAUUUCUUCUGUAUGGGUUCUCCCCUGGCUGUCUUCUUGGCGUUGCGAGGGAUUAGGCCUGGGAACAACGGUGUCCAGGACCAUAUCCUGCCCACAAGCAUUUGUAAACGCCUCUUCAACAUUUUCCAUCCCACCGACCCUGUUGCGUACAGACUGGAACCUCUUAUCUUAAAACACUACAGUAACAUUUCUCCUGUUCAAAUCAACUGGUACAACACUACCAGUCCAACGCCGUAUGAUGAGAUCAGACCCACGAUACUAAAUCCCUUGAAGGAUGCUACAUGCACGUCAGACUGUGAGAGCCUACCGAGUCCCUGCACUUCCCCGCCUCAGGCCCGACGCCAUUAUGGGGAGUCAAUUACCAGCCUGGGCAAGGCCAGCAUCAUGGGGGCCGCUUGUCUUGGAAAGGGAAUCGGAGGCAUCUUGUUUUCCCGCUUCUCACGCUCUGGCAGCCUGGUGGAUGGGGUUGAAGAGGAACCUUCAAAUAUCGAGGGCGGCACUUUUGAAGAGGAAAACAUAGCAAUAGAUAUAGGUGUGACGGCAGCCGAUGGCACUAAGAACAUAAAGGAAGAAGAAGAGGAUGAGACUGAGACUGAGACUGAGACAGAGCGGGGAAUCUGUCAGUCCAUCUCUGGUGUCAUGUACAGCACCUCAUGUAAGUACACACUGUCCAAUUUAGUGGUUUACAGCUACAAUUUUGAGUAGUUAGCAAGGGUGUUUUUUUUAAAAAAAGCAACUAGCAUCAAAUCAAGUGGAUCCCUUUAGCAUCCCA